AAUUCUAAGAAAUCUUCUGAUGUAAUGAUAGGUUUGUAUUUCUAAGGGUCAUUUGGUACAAUUACAGCAGAAGUUUAUGAAUCCAGUAUUUUGUUUAAUGGUUUGUGACAAACGAACAUUUUUACAUUGUUUGGAGUCUAAUAAAAAUAGUUGAUGCACUUGUAGUGCAUUUCAUCAAUCUGGAGACUCAUGUAUGUGGUGUCAUGGAGACCUUUGGAAAAACUCCGGUAGAACGUGGGGGUCAUUCUGUCACAGUGGCGGGUUCUAAGCUGAUAGUUUUUGGUGGAGAAGACAGGAGCAGGAAAUUGCUUAAUGAUGUACAUGUUUUUGAUCUACAGACAAUGACUUUGAGUGCAGUCGAGGCAACGCAGUCACCCCCAGCUCUAAGAUAUGAUCACUCAGCUGCAGUGCACUCAGAGCGCUACCUUUUGAUUUUUGGUGGUGGUUCUCAUUCAUUAUUCUUUAAUGAUCUUCAUGUAUUUGACUUGCAGAAUGGGCAAGACGAGGAAAAUGUUACUGACCUGAAGAGUCCCUUUAAGGACAACAAGAACAGGAUGACAAAGCGAUAG